CGUGUUUAUAGCAGUCUACCUUGAUAACCUGCCUGUCGUGACUUUGAUUUCCCCCUAUAAUAAUAAUCAUGUUAUCUAAAAACGAAAGCAAACACUCCUAACUCCUCCCUCUCCAUUCAGCCCUCCCUCUUCAUGUUUUCUCUGUUAUUCCUCUGUGUGACUGUGUUCAGUCAGUCAGUGUUGCAGCCGAGCAGCUCAUGUAGUUGCAGCAAAUAUUAGAGCUGCCAGCCAGACACCUCGCUGCUUUCUUUCUUUCUCUCUCUCUCCGCGGCGGUAACACCAUUUAUUUUAUUAUUAUUCCUAUAGCUAGCUUCUAUUUUCCUCUUUCACUUCCAGGUAAUACUGCCAUAUCAGACUAACAGCUAGUCUUUGUGGAAAAUAACCAUCAAAGAUCAUCUGAAUCUGGACUAUAAACAGUCCACAGCGAGACAACAAGAAGCAAGGACAUGCAGAAGAGAGGUCAGUGAGGAGGAUGACAACAGAACAACAGACAGCGGCGAAGGAGGGAUGAGAAAGAGACUGAAAUAAGAGGAGGAAGUGGAACUCCAAAGUGCCUACUGCGAGGGGUCGUCUGCUGCGGCUGGAUGAGAGCAGGACGGGGUUCGGUGUGCGUUUGGCCUUGAAUGGAGGCUGUAUUUUAUCCCGACAGCCACGGAGUCGUCCAUCCCACGUUGCUGAGCUGCAGUCCCCGCGUACCCUGAGCUGAGCCGCCACCUCGUCUCAUCACUGCAAGGUCCUUUUAAGGUUCUGCUUUUGUUUUUCUUCUACAGAAAUCUCUCUCAGGCCGUUCAAACAUAACUACAGUGACUGCCCCAGCCCUGGCCAUGUUGACGUGAAUGUAACAGUGACUUACGGCGGGCGUCAGUCGAUUCAGGUGAAGGCACAGACGCUCAGUGUCACAUGAAGAGUGAUGUCCUCAGAGUAGCUUUUUCCUUUUUUUUCCUUCGAGUCAGAGCUGGCCUCUGCUCCCAGUCUACCCCCUCUAUCUCAAACUUCAGCUGCCACUUUUCCCAGGAAGAACUAAUAAACAUCCCCUAAAAUACACCAACCAAAAGGGCUCGCUGCCUAUUUGCGCUUAAGGAAAACACAGAUAAUAUUUCUGUUUCUGUUUCGCUGGGGAUUUUUUUUUUCUUGCAUCACUAUUACUCACUAUUGCGCUCAUCAGACAGUUUUUCCGUCCAUCUGCCCUCACCGCUGCUCGAGUGUUUGUGAGCGACUCUGAUGGCUGUCAGCAUGACCAUGGGACGGGACACCAAAUGGCUGACCCUGGAAGUGUGUCGUGAGUUUCAGAGAGGCACCUGCUCGCGGUCGGAUGCCGAGUGCAAGUUUGCACACCCCUCCCGGAGCUGCCAUGUGGAGAACGGCCGAGUCAUCGCCUGCUUUGACUCACUCAAGGGGCGCUGCACCCGUGAGAACUGUAAAUACCUGCACCCACCGCCGCACCUGAAAACCCAGCUGGAGAUUAACGGGAGGAACAACCUGAUCCAGCAGAAGGCCACGGCGGCCAUGUUGGCUCAACAGAUGCAGUUCAUGCUGCCCGGAGCACAGCUGCAGCCCAUAACAACAUUCCCAAUGACGCCCUCCCUGGCAACAUGCCCCAGUAUGGCGUUCAGUCCGUAUCUGAGCCACAUGGGCCCAGGCAUGGGCUUGAUGCCUGAGCUGCUGCCCAGUACUCCCAUGCUGGUCCCUGGGAGUCCCACCGGCCUGGCAGCCAUGGGCAACGGCACCUCCGUACAAAAACAUUUGCGCACAGACAAGCUGGAGGUCUGUCGAGAGUUCCAGCGCGGUAACUGCACGCGGGGCGAGAGCGACUGCCGCUACGCUCACCCUCUGGAGGCCGGCAUGGUGGACUGCAGCGAAAACUCCGUCAUCGUCUGCAUGGACUACAUUAAAGGCCGCUGCAGCCGAGACAAGUGCAAGUACUUCCACCCGCCGGCUCACCUGCAGGCCAGGAUCAAGGCUGCACAGCACCAAGCCAGUCACAACACAGCGUCCGCCGGCUUGGCUCUGCCUCCAGGUGCCAUGCAACAGCUACCAAAGAGGACGAUCUUAGAGAAGAGCAACGGAGCUGCUGCCGCCGUCUUCAACCCCAGCAUGUUCCACUACCAGCAGGCCCUGGCUAACAUGCAUCUCCAGCAGCCAGCCUUCAUCCCCACUGUUAGGAACGCCCCCCUCUUGUGGUAUUCACAACCUCUUCCCAUGAUGCACGGUGCCGCCACCUCCACUGUUUCGUCGGCUUCGACCCCAGUCACCAAUGUUCCUUUCGCUGAAUCCGCCGCCUCGAAUCAGACCCCUCCGAGCUUCUGACCCCGGAUCCAGUGGAGCUCCAGUGCGUUCCCAUGGAAACCCAUUUCUGUCCCGUCCCCAAACUGCUGAUGGCGGCUCCAGUGGCGCUAAACUCAGUAAGCCUUUCCCGAAACCCCAGUUAAAGUCCCUGAAAACCUGCGCACUACCAGGGCGGUCAUCUUUUCUGAAUGCAGCAAACAUGUGCCUCGCCUACAGUGCACACAGACCGAGUGUGAAACUCCUUAUAAGAUAUAAUGAACGUGAGAAAGCUGCGACAGUUCACGCAAUACAAGCCUGGACGUAUUACUGUUGCUUUAAAGCAGCCAUCCUGAUGCAUACUGACUCGAUCAGGCUGAGCAAUAGAGCUCCCUCGUUCUUACAGCCAUACAUGCCCACACCUUAAAAGUGCACACACAAACACACACACACACACACAUUUAAGACUACAUGCCCUUUAUGGGACGGAGCCAUCACAUGAGGCGACCCGACACUUUUGACUGUUCCAAAGUCAGAAACUCUGAAAAGCUAAUCCUGGAAAUUGAGAUCGAGCGGCAAACGGAGCUGCCGCUGGUCCACAACCAGUACGUAAGAGUGUUUCAUACCACGUCAUGUUUACGUUUCAAGAUGGCUACAAAUGUUGUGUUGUACCAUUCAGUUUGUUCUCAUGGUCUCAUCUUGCCCGAUGAAACGCCAACAAGUUGUUGUUCAUUUGUUUGUGCCUUUGUUUAUCUGCUCGACCGCAGAGGAGACUUAGUUUCCCCAAAUAAUUCACUUGACAGCACACAUUGAAAGAUGUUGUUAUUUUUAAUUAAAGGUAAUAGAUGUUACAAAAUUACUGUAAAGCUCCUAUUGAAAGAAAAUCUAGGAAUUACAGUGAUCGCCACUUUAAAUUUAUUCAUGAAUGUUAAGCAUGAUUUGAAUUAGUUUUUGUCCCCCAAUUUCACUGGAUAACAUCAGCAAAUGAGACAUUACUUUUCAUGUAGUGCAACAACCUUAAAGGUUCAGUGUGUAGGAUCUGGCGGUAUCUAGCGGUUAGGUGAGGAGAUAGCAACCAACUGAAGCCUCUCCCGUGUGCCAAACGUGUUGGAGAUCUACGGUGGCCGACACCAAAACGCAAAUU